AUGAUUCUGGUGAAGAAUCUAACCAAAAGUUCAAGUAUAACUCCAGUGAUGGCUCUAGCAAUAACUCUAGCAAUGACUCUAGCGACAACUCCAGUGAUGAUGAAAGAGUUCAAAAAGAUGAAAAAAAAAUAGACAAAAAAAAAAGAAAGA